ACGCAAGUUUUUUUUAAAUAUUGGGCGCUGUUUGCGUUGAUUUCCGAAGGUAACCUUUGAUAAUGUCGUCAGUUAGUCAUAGAAAAGCAAACACAAUAAAGAGGAAAGUGCGUCCAUUUGUUCGUUAUGUAGGUUAGUCGAGGAAAAGGUGAAUUUAACAGCGACGAGACGUUGACCGACUUUUGUUGACCGACUCUUGAGUUCUGUUACAGCAGAAGAGAGAAGAAGCAAAAAUGGAGACCAGCCUGUCGAGGCUGCUCGGUGGACUCUCUGUACAAAUCAGCCGGAGUGAUGGUCGAGUGCACCUGGCAACGGUCAAAUCCGUUGACACCGUCAAGUCCACGGUUAUGGUGGAGUGGCAUGAGAGGAACAUCUGCCGAUGUAAGGAGGUGGAGGUGAGUGAGUUGUGUUCACUCAAUCCAGAGCUUCUCGACCAUGUAAACAGUGUCACCAACAAAGCUGCCGAUCCGCCGACUGUUGCUCCAGAGAAGAAGUACGAGGGUCGACUGCGCUCAUCUAGGAUUCCUGCCCCGCCCUCCUCCUCUGCUCCAGCUGUCACCAAGGCUGAAGAGUCAGUGUUUCCUAAUCAGCAGUGUAGAAAGAACGAGACCAAACCAGCACAGCCGAUGCCUUUUGUCCGUGAGGCCAUAAAAGAAAAUGAUGAACGUGAGACAAGGGCUCCUCCACUCACGGUCAAAGGCACGAGAAAAUCUGUGGCUCCUCCAGAGUUAAACAAAGGCAGCAAACGACUGUCUUGUGUUAUUAAGCCUCCUCAAAUGCAGACCAAGAAGGGAAAGUUUGGUGAGGUCAUCCCAUCGAAACAAAAGUUCUACGAGAUGAUCCAAGACUUCAGAGAGACCUUGGAAAUAAUCCCCUUAGCAGCUACUGACCUGAUCGAACCUCACAGGAUUUGUGUGUGCGUUCGCAAGCGGCCCCUGAACAAGCAAGAGAUUAUUAAGAAGGAGAUUGAUGUGGUAUCUGUACCUGGGAGAGGUUCUGUGUUAGUUCAUGAGCCAAAACAGAAGGUGGACCUCACCAAGUACUUGGAAAACCAAGUCUUUCACUUUGACUAUUCCUUUGACGAGACCACCACCAACGACCUGGUCUACAAGUUCACAGCCAAACCUCUGGUGAAGUCCAUUUUCGAAGGUUGCAUGGCGACAUGUUUUGCCUACGGCCAAACAGGAAGUGGAAAGACACAUACGAUGGGAGGUGAUUUCACGGGGAAGCAGCAGAACAGUGCCAAAGGGGUCUACGCCUUGGCAGCCCAGGAUGUUUUCGCCUAUCUCAACCACAGGAGGUAUGCCAACCUGGAUCUCUCUGCCUUUGUCAGCUUCUUUGAGAUUUACAAUGGCAAAGUGUAUGACCUGCUUAACAAGAAGUCCAAGCUCCGUGUUCUAGAAGAUGACCGACAGCAGGUUCAGGUUGUUGGCCUGGAGGAGGUCUACGUGACCACAGAAGAAGACGUCAUCAAGAUGAUACAGACAGGCAGUGCAUCCAGAACAUCAGGCCAGACCUCAGCCAAUGCCAACUCAUCCCGCUCUCAUGCCAUUCUCCAGAUUGUGCUACGACGCAACGACCGCGCUACCACUCUGCACGGCAAAUUUUCGUUGGUUGAUUUAGCCGGCAACGAGCGCGGUACAGAUGUCAGCAGCAAUGACCGCAGCACUUUGGUUGAGACUGCGGAGAUCAACCGCAGCCUGCUGGCUCUCAAGGAAUGCAUUCGUUCCCUGGGAAAAAACAGUGAUCACAUUCCUUUCCGGAUGAGCACUUUGACAAAAGUCCUCAGGGAUUCCUUCAUUGGAGAAAAGUCCAGGACCUGCAUGAUUUCUAUGGUGUCUCCAGGCAUGGCUUCAUGUGAAUAUACGAUGAACACACUACGUUACGCUGACAGAGUGAAGGAGCUGAAUGGACAUUCCAAAGCCAGUGAAGCAGCGAAGGCAGAAGAGCCUAUCGAAAGCUCCUCAGAUGAGGAAUCUGUUGUGCAUACUGUUGACUAUGAUGCCAUAUCCCAGGUGGCAGAUCUGGAGGAGAAAGUUUAUGGCGAUCUUCAGAGGGCAAAUGAACUCGUUAAGGCAAUGGAGCAAACCUCAUAUAACAUUGAGGCAGGACUUCCCGACCUGGUGGAUCAUUCACAGAAAUUAUUGGAAACCGUACUGGCUUUGCAGUCUGCUGUGAAUCGGUAGAGAAUGGCGAGGCUGAACCAGUGAGAUGAACCCAAAAACCCUUCAAGGCUAAAAAGUUUGUUUAUUGAAAAAAUGUUUUUUCGCAAUUCUUUAAGAUUUUAUAGUAUUAAUCACUGUAUUCAAUAAAAAUCCAUUCAAAAACAAAUUCAUUAAAUAUGUUAUAACUCUUGAAAAAAAACACUUUUAGAAUCUUCUCUUGUACGUUGUAAGCAGCAGGUUUUGCUGUGGAGGAUUUCUUGUGUUUUACCAUGUCUACUCCCACUGGCAUAUACUAGUACCCAUAACCCCCUGUGAUUAACUGUCCAGCCCCAUGUCUUAGCAGACAGGUUGAAGAGGAUUCAUAAUAUUGAUGCUGGCCUGAUUUGCUGGCUGAUGGACUUUUUAACCUGGAGGUCACAAAGGGUGAGGGUAAAUGAUGUUUUAUCAGAUGUCCUUUUCUCCUCCACCGGAUCCCCAGAGAGUUGCGUCCUCUCCCCUCUUUCAUUUGAUUUAUAUACAAUCGAAUGCCAGAGUCUUCAUGACAAGUGACACAUCAUCAAAUUUGCGGACCCUGCUCAUCAGUGACGACUCUUAACAUGGUCCUGUAGUGAGUGAUUUUAUUUACUGGUGCGAAUCAUUCUUCCUGAACAUUAAUGUGGCAAAAACAAAUGAGAUGUGUAUGAUUUUAGGAAAAAUCUGACAACCAUCUCCCCUGUGGGGAUAUACAACCGGGCUGUUGAACUUGUGCAGCAGUACAAAUAUUUGGGACUGUCAUCGACAAUAAAUUGCUUUAUUGCUGGAACACCACUGAACAACCUCCAUGACCUGUAUCAGGACAGGUCCCUAAGGAAAGCUCUGCCGCGAUGCAGAAGAAAUAGGUUAUUUAUUUUCCUGCUGCUAUCAGCAUUGUAAAUUACUUUAUUAAAAUGUACAUUUUGUAAUUAUUUUGUUCUUUUUUUAAUUUAUUCAUUGGUUGUGUUUGUUGUUUAAGUACCACUGCUGACUGUAAACAAAAUUGCCCUCUUGGGAUAAUAAAGAUACCUUGAACCUUGA